AUGUCCGAAAUCAUCAUCCGAGUUGGUAUUCUUAAUGCUAAAAACCUUGCUGCAGCUGAUAAGACUGGAUUCUCAGAUCCAUAUGUUGUAAUGCGAGUAAACCACAAAAAGUACAAGACCAAAGCCAUCAAACAGACAUUGGAUCCAGUGUGGGAUGCUCACUUUGACAUCAAAGUCUCUCCUAAAAAGACGCCUACUUUGUUGUCAUUCACCGUUUGGGACAAGGACACAUUUGGCAGAGAUUUCCUCGGCGAAGUGACAAUUCCAUUCAAGAACAUUUUUGAUAGAAACAACCAAGGUGUAUCAGACGGUGUACCUCGAAACUACAAGGAUCCCAGCAAUUACGAAGCCUACUUUCAGUUGGCAAAGAGGAGUGAAAAGAACAAUGUCUCGGGAGACCUUUGCCUAAAGUUUGGCAUACUGGAAGAUCACAUUGGAGAUGUCAAAAGAUAUGCUGAUGCUUGGGAGCUAUUGAAUCCUUAG